AUGUUCCUGAGGCGAGGGCACACAAAUUUCCAACCCAGAUGCAGCUUUAUGGACAAGCAACAAGUGUCCAACGAAUCUCGAACAGGCAGAAAUUGCGUACCUGCAAUAAAUGUUUUGGCUCCCACGCCACGAGAACCUGCGCUCGCCAGUUUAAAUGCAGCUCUUGCGGAAUGGAUUCUCACGAAGGUCUAUCCUCACGACAAGUACAGUACCCAAAAGCCGUGGACCUCAAGAAUCCACUGA